AUGGCUAGGGCCCAGCGACUUGUGCUAGCGAGCGAGCACCGGAAUGCGCGUUUAAAGAAGCAGGUGAUGUUGAUUCUACGGCUGCGUUGUAUGUACUCUUUUGAUCGUAAUGUUCUAACAGUUGCAGCGCUAAUUGAUCCUGCUAAAUCGCCCUGGCACACGUUGUAUGCUAGUCGAGAUCGUGGGAGCUUUAUAUCAGUUGUCUCCCUUGAUCAUGAGGCAUUUGAUUGCUUGCUACAGGUGUUUAGCGUGCAUUACGUAGUUAAAAGCGGCGUGGGCAAGCCAGGGCGGCCCCCAAAGUUCAUUUCUAAGCACGCUGUGUUAGCUUGUAUAUUGCACUUCUAUACAGCAGCCAUAGAGAACAAGACGCUGUGCGAACUUUUUGGUGUCCCUCAAGCUACCCUAUCUCGAGUCCUAGCUAAUGCAGAGGCCGCGCUGUGUGCGAGUCGGAAGGUUCUGCCCGACGCCAGCAUUCGCUUCCCCUCUAAGGAGUAA